GCGAGUGGCGGCCUGGCAGUGGAAUCAUUAGACAAGUGUCGAGCCGCGCGUGCGCAACAUAGUCUCAGAGGAGGAGCAAGCCCACCAGCAAACAGUUGAAACCACAAACAGGCGACCACAACAUGAAGUGCUUUCUUAUCCUGUUGGCGACCAGCCUAGUGCUGAGUGUCCUGGCUGAGGAUGCGCCCGACCAAGAGCAGGUGGCUUUGGCCUCCGAUCAGUCAUCGGUAGCGGUGGCUCCCGUCGAGGAGGAUCAGGUGGGCGCCGCCAGCAGCUAUGCACCGCUGCAGGAGAAGAAGCAGGAGAAGCGCUAUGUUGGUGGAUACGGUGGCUAUGCAGGAGCAGGCGGCUAUGGCGGAGCAGGAGGCUAUGGUGCGGGCUAUGGCGGCUAUGGUUCCGCUCUGGGCGCUGGCUAUGGAGGAGCCUAUGGCAGUGGCGUGGGAGUGGACAGCUACUAUAAUCCCUACGGCUCUCGAUCUCUGGCUGGAUUAGGUGAGGAUGGCGCCGCAGUGGGUGGUUAUGGCGGUUAUGGUGGCUAUGGCUCUGCUCUGGGCGGCUAUGGAUCUGCUCUUGGUGGAGGUUAUGGCUCUGCUCUCGGCGGCUACGGCUCCGCUCUGGGCGGAGGCUAUGGCGGCUCCUACAACUCCAACCCCUACGCGCUGUCGUACUACAACAGCCGGCUGGGCGUGGGAGCCGGAGGCACUGGCUACCCGUACUACAACACCCGCUUCGGAGCCGGCGGCUAUCCCUCCAGCUACUACACGAGCAACUACGGCAACAGCGUGGUCGGCGGCGGACUGGGAGCCCUCGGCGGAGUGCCGCCCAUUGGAACCGGUUACAACUACGGGUCCGGCAUCUCGGGCACCGUCUACUAGGCAAGAUCCAAACACCCAACGUUCAACAUUUAAGCU